CGCCGCAUCCUCCUCUCCUCUAUCCUCCUCUCCUCCUGUCCUCCUCUCCUCCUUCCUUCGUCCUCCGUCCUCCUGACUUUUUUUGUCUUUUCGCGGAAGAAAACGGGGUAUCUGGGAGAAUUUAUUUUUCCUUUUUUUUUUUGUUCCCUCGGAUUCAGCCAAGUUUGUAAUCCCGCGCGGAGUUUACGAUGACGGCCACCAAGAAGCUGCCGACCCCGCGGCCGAGCCAGAGCCAGCAGCAGGACGAGGACCUGGGUGGGGGGAGUCCUUCUCAGAGGAACUGGAAAGGGAUUGCCAUCGCUCUGCUGGUCAUCUUGGUGGUCUGCUCCCUCAUCACCAUGUCGGUCAUCCUCCUCACACCAGCUGACAGCCAAGCUUGGAGCAACACCAAGCUGACCGUGGAGGAUCUCUUCAAACCCGAGUUCAAGGUCCACGACCCGGAGGCCAAGUGGAUCAAUGACUCCGAAGUCAUCUACAGAAACAGUGACGGCCACGUCAUCAAGUUCAACAUCCUUAAAAACGAAACAGAGAUUGUCCUGACCAACUCUAUAUUUGUCAAUUUCAACGUGGCCAAGUAUUCCGUCUCCCCCGAUCUGAAAUACGUUCUCUUCGCUUAUGACGUGAAACAGGUGUACCGUCACUCCUCCAUGGCCUCCUACAGUAUCUAUAAUCUUAACACACGGGAGGUUUGGGAGCUGGACCCUCCUGAGGUGGUGAACUCGGUCCUGCAGUACGCCGCCUGGGGAGUGCAAGGCCAACAACUGAUCUACAUAUUUGAAAACAACAUCUACUACCAAUCGGACGUCAAGAGCAACUCCCUCCGGCUCACGUCCUCCGGGAAGGAAGGCAUCGUCUUCAACGGGAUCGCUGACUGGCUCUACGAAGAGGAGAUCCUCCAGACCCACGUGGCCCACUGGUGGUCACCUGACGGAGAGAGGUUGGCCUUCCUGGUCCUCAAUGACAGCCUGGUGCCCAACAUGGCUUUACCUCGCUUCACCGGCGUGACUUACCCCAAAGGGAAGCAAUACCCGUACCCCAAGGCGGGCCAACCCAACCCGGCGGUGAAGCUCUACGUGGUCAACCUGUACGGGCCGACGCACACGCUGGAGCUCAUGCCUCCGGAGACGCUCAAGCUACGUGAACAUUAUGUGACCAUGGUGAAAUGGAUCAGCAGGACCAAGACAUCGGUCCGGUGGUUGAACCGGGCCCAGAACAUCUCCAUCCUGACUGUGUGCGACACCACCACCGGGGCCUGCAUCACGAGACAUGAAGAAAGCUCCGACCUCUGGCUCUCCAAGCAGAACCAAGAACCCGUGUUCUCCAGAGACGGCAGCAGAUUCUUCCUGACGGUCCCGGUCAAACAAGGAGGGCGAGGAGAGUUCCAUCACAUCGCCAUGUUCACCACGCAGUUCAGAGCCGAUCAGAACGAAGUCCGACAUCUGACUUCAGGGAACUGGGAGGUGACCAAGAUCCUCGCCUACGACGAGAACACUGACAACCUGUAUUUCCUGAGCACAGAAGGUUCUCCACGGGGACGCCAACUGUUCAGCGUUAAGACGGUGGGCCUGUUCCCACGCUGGUGUUUGACGUGCGAGCUGAACAAAGCUCACUGUCAGUACUUCGACGCCGACAUCAGCCCCGCCCACCAGCACAUCGUCCUGCGCUGCAAAGGCCCCGGAGAACCGACCGUCAUCCUACACAGCCUCAAUGACUCAAAUUACUACAUCCUGGAGAACAACUCGGUGCUGAAGGCGGCUCUGAUGCUCAAGCGGAUCCAGAUGACCGACUUCAGAACCGUGCAGAUGGAACAUUUCGAUCUACCCUUGAAGAUCUCGUACCCACCGGACUUCUCCGAGUCCCGUCACUAUGGACUUCUGUUGCUGAUUGACAGCGCCCCCGGUGGUCAGGCUGUGACGGACCGCUUCUCUCUCAGCUGGGACACGGUGCUGGUCAGCUCGGACGACGUCCUGGUGGCCCGUCUGGACGGCCGGGGCAGCGGCUUCCAGGGUCAGAGGGUCCUGCACGAGCUCCACCAGAGACUGGGAACUGUGGACGUUCAGGACCAGAUCGCAGCGGUGGAAUUCAUGAUGAAGUUGCCAUAUAUUGAUCGGACACGGAUAGCAGUGUUUGGAAAGGGUUAUGGAGCGUACGUCACACUAAUGAUGCUCAAGUCCACUGACAGCCUCUUCAAAUGUGCGUGUGCCAUGUCACCGGUGACGGACUGGAAGCUCUACGCAUCGGCGUUCUCCGAGAGGUACCUCGGCUUGCCGCUACGGGAUGACAGCAGAUAUGAGUUUUCCAGCGUGCUGCAGAACGUUCAAGCUCUCCGGGAGCAGAAGCUGAUGCUGGUGCACGGCACUGCAGACGCCAACAUCCACUUCCAGCAUACUGCUGAGCUCGUCAAGAACCUUGUGAAAGUUGGAGCAAACUACUCGAUGCAGAUCUACCCGGAUGAGGGCCACUUCCUGUCUCAGCAGAGUCGCCAGCACCUCUACGCCACACUGACCAGCUUCUACAGGGAUUGUCUGAAGGAAGAGCUGCUACCGCUGCCUGAGGAGGAAGAGGAGGAGGAGGAGGAGGAGGAGUAGGCGGGAGGCUUUUUUUUGAGGGCCAGACCUUUGGCAGAGCUUGAAGAAUUUAGCUAAAAAUCCGUCAAGGCCUUUAACGUUUGGACCAAGUAUUUUGCGGGACUUGAACAAUGGGAUCGAGCUGCUCAUGCUCAAGUCUAUGUGUGUGUGUGUGUGUGGCCGUGUGAGAGAGACAGAGAACUCCAGUGUGUGACUGUGCAUAGAUGUGUUGAAAAGAUAACUGAAGGAUACAAACAGUGACACUCGCAUAGGCCGGGACUCAAGGCGGGAACUGCCCUCUAGCAUUGAGUCAUUUCGAUUUCGGGACGCUCCGUCUCUUGGCAAAGCGCACGGAAGACCGGCCUCAAUCUCUUUUGCAGUCAUCCACAAGUGCAUGGUUUUUUCCCCCCACCUCGCUGGCUUCACUCAUUCUGCCCACGUUAGUCCCGUAUGUGGUAGGACUCGGUGGGGGGGGGGGAGGAUCUCACCUCUCCUUUUGGUUGUUGUGUUCUCGCACAAAGGAAAUGCUAGUUAACCGCUAAAGCAAAGCUGAUUCCUGAAUAUGUGCUAUUCCUGCUGAAACACUCCGCCCCUGAAUGAACAACAGUCUUUCUAGGUCACACUUUAUCGUGCAGAGGGUCUCGUGUAGACAUGGACACGGCCUUAUGAGGUUCAAUUUACUGUAAUCGUACUUCAUCCAUCAGCAGUGUCAUGUUAACCGAUGUCCACUCAGGUUCUCGAGACACAGCGUUGCAGUCAGUUUGAUAUCAACAACACUACAUGAGCUGUAUCAUGACUGACUUAUUCAUUCUAUAUGAAGGUCAUGGAUAUUGGCCAUAGUCAUUUUCAGUUUGAGGAACACACGUCAUUAAAUCUUUUUUUUCCUCGUAACAUUCUCUCAUAGAUUCAUCUAAGAUUAAAGAGCUUUCUUGAAGUCGA